CAUUUCAAUGCUUAUCCUUGCGUUUCGCUCUUUCCUGCCGCCUUUGUCUCAUCUCUCGCGCUGUUUUCCUUGUGGUGCUUCUGUGUCUAUAAAUCUUUUCUCUCUCCUCUUUUUUCUUUCUUUCUUCUUUUCUUUUACAUUUGCUCAUAACAUUCAUCAUGGCUCCUCCUCAAGAACCUCUCUCAGUUGAAUCUACCUUCUCUAUUGCUUCUUCUUCUUCCAAUAAUAAUAAUAAUAAAUUCACAUUGAAAGACCUCGUUCAGUCUAUUCAUGAAGUGCUGGGUGAUGAAGGUCUUGACUCUGAACGUAUUGAUGCUAAUAAAAUCAUUCAACUCAUGGAACAAUACAGUUCCAAUGCGGAAGACUGGAGUCAAUAUACGCUCUUUGACCAUUCCAGAGCCUACACACGCAAUCUAAUUGAUGAUGGUAACGGAAAGUUCAAUCUGAUGAUUCUAGCCUGGAGUAAAGGACAAAAAAGUCCCAUUCAUGACCAUUCCGGUUCCCAUUGUGUGAUGAAAAUACUUGACGGAGAAUUACAAGAAACGUUAUAUGACUGGCCACAAUCUUCAUCAGCUGAUGAGGAUGAUGCAACACCUUUUGAUAUAACGGCUAAUGCAGGAAAUACAAACAAGGAUGCGUGUCUCCAUGAGCAACAACAACCUCUACAUAUUUCUAGGGAUACUGUGUAUCAGCCUAAUCAGGUGACCUACGUCCAUGACAAGAUUGGUUUACAUCGUAUCUCUAAUCCCAAUGGAGAGAGAGGGGCUGUCUCUCUUCAUCUCUAUACUCCACCCUAUAAGAUGUGCAAGACCUUUGAAGAAAAGACAGGCAGGGCCAGAAGCAGUGGUGUCUGCUCCUUUUAUUCUAUCGGAGGAAACCGUAUCGAAUGAAGCCCUUAUUAGCAUAUAUACACACACAAAC